GCACGCGAAAAAAUGGUUAUUUAUAAAUAACCAAAAUAAUUUCGAGACACUUGGCGUGCCAAAUGACGUCAGCAAGCAAUAAAAUAAUUUUCUCAGUCCCCCCUGGAUAAGCACUCAUUUCCGCACUGUCGCGUUAUUGAAAUUAGAUCGCUUGUCGCGAAAAAUUUCAUUUUGUCUGUAAGUUUCCCGCUCGGCGUGUUUUCUAUUUGUCUUUUUUGUCAAAUAAAUAUGUCUCAAAUGCACAAUCUCCAAAGAGCAAUUACCGAGGCCGUAGGAAGAGCAGUACACGAGGCACUGCGAGAUCAACAUGAAGAGAAUAACCAAAGGUACAAAAAAGCUUUCUAUUUCUAAGACAUCAACUUCCUUCCAAUGGAAUGCUCCAGAGGUCAUAUCACUGUGUUCUCAAGGAUGUUUAUACAUCAUUUCCAAAUGGGAAAAAUGAGGAUGUUGAUGGAGCUUUAAUUGUUGAAGAUGACUCCGAACAGGAUGAUUUUGAUAACGAACUUUUAAAUAUAUCAAUGUCUACGCCUCGGGCUGCGCAAAGUGUGUCAGGGGGAUCAAUGACUAUACCUGGCGCUGCACAAAGUCAUUCAGAGGGAUCGAUGACUAUACUAGGUGCUGCACAAAGUUUUUCAGAGGGAUCAACUAGCCAUCAUAUAACUUCCACCAUUGAGAGCAAUCACUAUAGGUCAUUCUUAGGAUUGCUUGAUCCAGACCCCAUUGAAAUUAGCGAUGAUGACAACGAUGAGGUGCAGACAGCUAUUCAAAAUAGCAUGGGCUUAGCAAACGAUUCAAGCGCGCAACAAAUGGUUAGUACUGUUUUGAAUGACCACAUAGAUAAAGUGAUGGUUGGAAAAUCCUGUGACGUAGCCAUAUCUAAAAACAUUAUUAACGUUCGCCGCAAGCAUGUAUUUGAAGACGGUAUUGCCAAGCUAGGAAGAAAAAAUUGA